CUGUACUGUUUAAUAAAGUUGUUGAGAAAAGGGGAGAAAAAAAAAAGGAUGCACGUUUCAGUCUAGAGGGGGUGUGGUUAGACAAGGAGGCGUGGGCGGUGUCAGUUCGGGCUGCGCGGUCGCUCCUCUCAUUCAUCCCGUACCGGGACAUGUUGUGUUGAGCCGGACACCGGACUGAUUCUUCCCCGGUACAACAGGGAACAUGCUUCGGGUGUGCAGGAAGGCCCGUGCGGCGGCGCUCGCGAAGGAAUGCCUGUGUGUGAAGAGGUCACUUAACCCCAUCCGGGCAACAAGAGCGUACGCCACAGAAUCAUCUGGGCCCUCGGCUGGGAAGGUCGUGGCUGGAGGACUCCUUUUUGCAGGCGGGGGUGUCGGGGGCACCGUACUUUACGCCAACUGGAAUCCAAAGUUCCGCGAAAAUGUGGAGAAGUCUGUCCCUUAUUCUGAUAAACUUUUCGAGCUAGCCUUAGGACCUGCACCAUAUAACCUACCAGUGCCAAAGAUACCGGUGAAGGCUUCCUCCGGUCCUUUAAAGAUUUCCUCGGUAUCGGAAGUGAUGAAGGAGUCCAAGCAACCUAAGAAAGAGAGUAGUGAAGCGCCACCUAAAGCUGGUGAAAACGUAGAAGCUUCAACACAUGUAGCGCAAAUCAUUUCUGCCACCGGGGAUGCACUUUCAGUUCCAGCAUCAGUGGUGCAUGAAGAAGUUGUUCCCAAGAUAUCCGAGACAGGGGAGCAGAAGCCGAAACACCCAGCAAGUUCAGAAGCUGAACACUGUAAGGAGUGUCAGCACGAGGAACCUCACCACCUUAAGGAGCGUCCUCCCGAGGAGGUGGCCGCGCGUCUCAAACAACAGGACAAAGAAGAGCAGCAAAAGAUUGAAUCUAUAUCCGCUUUACUAGAGGAGGCACUAAGCAGCACUGCCCGCGUCACACUCCAGGCCAUCACCUCGCAGGAGUCUGCUGUACAAGCUGUCAACUUUCAUGCCCAGAAGCUGCGUGAAGCCAUGGAUGACAGCCAGAUCGCCGCUGAACAGAAGUCCUUGCAGUGGCGGGAUUUGGAGGAUGCCUUGAAGGUGCGCAGCAAAGCUGUGGAUGAGGCAGCUGAUGCUCUACUCAAAGCAAAGGAGGAGCUGGAGCGGAUGCAGGGCGUUAUCGAUAACACCAAGAAGCAAGCCAUCAAUGGCGCCAAACCUCAUAUCAUGUCGGCUGAGGAAAACUUGCAUCACAUGAUCGUAGACCUAGAUAACGUAGUUAAAAAGGUACAAUCUGCCCAGUCUGAAGCCAAGGUUGUGGCUCAGUACCAUGAACUGGUGGCUGUUGCCCGAGAGGAGUUCCAGAAGGAGCUUGAUAGUAUUACACCAGAAGUGCAGCCAGGCUGGAAGGGGUUAAAGAUUUCCGAUUUAGCCGGUAAGCUGACCACUGAAGACCUGAACUCUCUGAUCGCCCAUGCCCACCGCCGCAUCGACCAGUUACACAAGCAGCUGGCGGAGUACCGGGUGCGGGAGCAGCAGCACAUAGAAGCCGCUCUAGAGAAACAGAAGCUGGAGAAUAACAAAACGCUGGAAAUUGCUGUGGCCAAGGCGCUGGAGCAUUAUCGGGCCGAGAUCAAACUGGAGCAGGACAAGAAGGUAGAAGAAGUACGUGAGGUGAUGGAGGCGGAGAUGAGGACCCAGCUGCGCAGACAAGCUGCCGCGCACACCGACCACCUAAGGGACGUCCUCAGCGUCCAGGAGCAGGAGUUGAAGGCUGAACACCAGCAGGACCUCUCCGGAAAACUGUCAGAGCAAGAAAUGCAGUUCAGGCGUCUCUCUCAGGAGCAGCUUGAUGGCUUCACGCUGGAUAUCAAUACGGCCUAUGCCAGGCUAAAGGGCAUCGAGGAGGCUGUUGAGGGACAUGCCAUGGCUGAAGAGGAGGCCAGAAAAGCCCAUCACUUGUGGCUUUCUAUUGAAGCUUUAAAAUUUACCUUGAGAUCUGCUGCAGGUGAACAUCCCACUGAGCCCCUGGAGGGCGCCGUCCAGGGAAUAAGAACAAGCUGUUCCAACAACGAAUUCACAGAAGCCCUGACCACGGCUCUGCCACAAGAGUCCCUGCAGCGCGGCAUAUACAGCGAGGAGGCACUGAGAGCCCGAUUUUAUACCGUCCGUAAUCAUGCCCGCCGGGUGGCACUGAUUGAUGAAACCAGAAACAGUCUCUACCAAUACUUCCUCUCCUAUAUACAGGCCAUCCUAAUGUUUGAACCUAAGCAGCUACACCCCCCCAGCGAGCUGACCUCCGAGGACCUGGACACAUUUAAACUGCUUUCUUAUGCUUCUUAUUGCAUCGAACAUGGAGACCUGGAGCUGGCAGCAAAAUUUGUCAACCAGUUAAGAGGAGAGUCUAGACGGGUGGCCCGUGACUGGUUAACCGAAGCCCGACUCACCCUAGAAACAAAGCAAGUCAUCGACAUCCUAUCCGCUUAUGCCAGUGCUGUAGGAUUGGGCACAACACAAGUACAGUAACUUAAAGGGAAACCUAAAGCAUUGCUCCAAGUGCUGCAGAUUUGGUUCCCCCGUCACACGCAGAAUAAAACCCCCCCUAAUUUAAGUUCUGUUUGUUUUGGCGUUAUGUAAACUAUACAGAUCACACUAGAGUUUGGUUGCACUGUGAGGACCUCUCCGAAACAGCACUUUCCUAUAUCAUGUCUGCAGACUCCGGGAAUGCCAUGUCCUGUACCCUGUAUUACGUUUUUAAGUAUUCAGGUUUUACUGAUCCAACCAAAAUAAGAAUAAUUCUAAUAAUUUACUGUUUAUGCCUCCUGGAACAUCUGAAUAAAUCAGAAAUCAGA